AUGGCCACUUCGACUCGGCUUCGCGCCCUACUGCCGCACAUGAAACACCCCAUCGUCGCGGCCCCCAUGGCCUUCGUUUCCGGCGCCGACCUGGCCGUCGCCGUCUCCCGUGCCCAUGGCCUUGGCUUCAUCGCUGGGGGAUACGACUUGCCCAAGCUCGACGCAGAGCUGCACCGGGCUCGCUCCCUCUUGGGCGCCCCCGAGGGCCAGUCUCUGCCGAUCGGUGUAGGGCUGUUCGCGUGGACGUCGGCCGCCGACCCUUCCCAGGCCCGCCAGCUGCUGAGCACCAUCCUCACCCACCGCCCGUGCGCUCUGUGGCUGUUCGCCCCGGCCGUCCCCGGUGCCGACGGCUUCCGCCACUGGGUCGACGCCAUCCACCAGUCAUCGUCGGCCUCCUCUUCUUCGUCAUCAUUGUCACCGCAGCGGCCGGUGGUAUUUGCCCAGGUGGCCAGCGUGCGUGAGGCCCUGGACGCGGCGGAAGCCGGGGUCGACGUGGUGGUGGCCCAGGGCGCCGACGCCGGCGGCCACGGGUCCAAGGCAGGCGCGGGCCUCAUUUCGCUGGUGCCCGAGGUCCGCGACGCACUGCCGCCCGCCCUGCCGCUGCUCGCCGCCGGCGGGGUGAUGGACGGCCGCGGCCUCGCCGCGGUAUUGGCCCUAGGCGCCGACGGCGCGGCCCUGGGCACCCGGUUCCUGGCGUCACGCGAGGCCGCCGUGCAACCCGGCCUGCAGCGUGCCAUCAUCGAGGCCAGCGACGGCGGCCAGUCGACCGUGCGCACGCGGCUGUUCGACGAGAUGCGCGGCACCACGAGCUGGCCGCCGGCCUACGACGGCCGCGCGCUUCGCAACGACACGGUGGCCGACUGGGAGCGCAGCGACGGCAGCGAGGCAGCGAGGGACGAGCUGCGGGCGGCCUACAGGCGGGCGGCGGACGCUGGCGACUACCGGCGGCUGGUGGUGUGGGCCGGCACGGGCGUAGGCCUGGCGCGGAAAGUCCAGCCCGCGGGCGAGAUCGUUGCGGAGCUCGUGCGCGAGUGUGACCAAGUGGUUGGCCAGCUGCGCGAGCGGGUCGUAGGAAUGUGA